GCAGCAUAACACACUAUGACGAGUACAUUGAGAAAUCAGACUUUAAUGAUUGGAAAGACAGGUUCUUCUGUUGUAUCAUUUCAAGAAGAAGAUGCUCAGUGUCCUGUCUGUAAGAGUGACAAAUAUCUUACACCCAAUCUUAAACUCUUGGUUUCUCCAUGCUUUCAUAAAAUGUAUGUCUUUUCUGUACAAUAGUUUUAAACCCUGUUUGUUGAUUUUUAUAUUCCUUUCUUUUUUUUUUUUAAAAAAAA